AUUAAUCAAAAUAAACUUAACCGGUAGCCUAAACCCCAACAAGCAAGCAAAUAUCUUGCAGCCUCCAACCGCUCAUCACCGCCGUAUUAGUCAAAACCCUACCGGAGAAGAUGACCACUCUACCGCCAAAGAAGAAACAGAGAAAUCGAAAGCCGGCCAAAUCAGACGCCGCCGGACAACGAGCACGACUUGACUCCCUCCGGUGGACCUCAUCUCUUCCCGACGACGGUGACGAUCCGUUCUCCGCUUUCGCCGGAUUAAAUGACUUCGAAGGAGGUGUUUUGUCUCUUGACGAGAUUGAUGCGUCCGAGUAUGGAUUGGAGCUUCUUGAAGGAAUUUCAAAAGGAGGGAAAAAACAGAAAAAAGAAACAAAGCGGAAACGCAAAGAGAGUAAUGGUGAUGAAGUUAUGGAACCGGAGGAUGCAGAUGGUGAGACUGUAAAGGAGGUUAAAAAGAGCAAGAAGAAAAAGAAGAAGAAAACAAAGAAAGCUAAGAAGCCCGAGGAAUCUAACGACAAUGAAGAAGAACCAGUUAAUGUUGCAAAUACCAAUGACAAAACUGAUGUUGAAAUUGCUGAAGAAGAUGAGGUUGAUGACUCUGAGUAUCAUGCAUGGUAUGAACUAAGGCUUCAUCCAUUGCUUAUGAAAUCAAUAUGCAGGCUCAAGUUCAAGGAGCCGACACCUAUACAGAAAGCUUGUAUACCCGCAGGCGCUCAUCAGGGAAAGGAUGUCAUUGGGGCUGCAGAGACUGGGUCUGGUAAAACACUAGCAUUUGGAAUACCGAUUUUACAACGUCUUCUUGAAGAAAGAGAGAAAUUCGAGAGGCAAGCUGCAGAAAGAGGUCAAGCGGAUGAAAAAAUUGUUUCCAAAGGUUUUCUAAGAGCGCUUAUUAUUACUCCUACUAGAGAGCUUGCACUUCAGGUUACUGAUCAUAUGAAGCAAGUGGCGAUAGGGACUGAUGUUAAGGUUGUCCCUAUUGUUGGUGGAAUGUCAACAGAAAAGCAAGAACGGCUUCUGAAAGGAAGGCCUGAAAUCGUUGUCGGAACUCCAGGGAGGCUAUGGGAACUAAUGUCAGGUGGAGAAAUUCAUCUUGUUGAGUUGCAUUCAUUGUCAUUCUUUGUGCUGGAUGAGGCUGACCGGAUGAUAGAUAACGGUCAUUUUCAAGAGUUGCAGUCAAUUAUCGACAUGCUUCCGAUGGUCAGAGAAGGACACGCGGAGGAUACUGAAAACUGCGUGACAGCUUCUGGCUUUCAAAGGAAGAAAAGACAGACUUUCGUGUUUUCUGCUACCAUUGCCUUAUCUUCUGAUUUCAGGAAAAAGCUUAAACGUGGAUCCGGGAAAACAAAACAAGACGGUGAACUAAAUUCAAUCGAAGCUCUUUCUGAACGAGCUGGAAUGCGGUCUAAUGCUGCAGUUAUUGAUCUGACGAAUGCAUCAAUUAUGGCAAAUAAUCUUGAGGAGUCAUUCAUCGAGUGCAAGGAAGAAGAUAAAGACGCGUAUUUAUAUUAUAUAUUGUCUGUUCAUGGGCAAGGACGGACUAUUGUGUUUUGCACAUCGAUUGCAGCCCUUCGUCAUCUUUCUUCACUUAUGAAGAUUCUUAAUGUCAAUGUUUGGACGCUUCAUGCACAGAUGCAACAGCGUGCUCGCCUCAAGGCAAUUGACCGUUUUCGUGGAAGUGAACAUGGAAUACUUAUUGCUACAGACGUUGCAGCUAGGGGUCUUGACAUUCCUGGUGUUAGAACUGUUGUCCAUUACCAACUUCCUCAUUCUGCAGAAGUAUAUGUUCAUAGAAGUGGGAGAACUGCUAGAGCUUCUGCUGAUGGCUGCAGCAUUGCUCUGAUUUCUCCAAAGGAAACAUCUAAAUUUGCUUCGUUGUGCAGAUCAUUUUCAAAGGAAAGUUUUAAGCAGUUCCCCAUAGAGGCUUCAUACAUGCCUGAAGUUUUAAAGAGGCUAUCUCUUGCAAGGCAAAUAGACAGGGUUUUGAGAAAGGAAUCACAGGACAAGGCCGAUAAAAGCUGGUUUCAACGAAACGCUGAAUCAAUCGAAUUGAUUGUAGAUGAAAAUGACAGUGACGAUGAAACAGCAAACAAGAUCAGGAAAAAGAAAGCGAGUUCUGCUCAACUUAAAAAGCUACAACAGGAACUCAGUUCUUUGCUUUCUCGUCCACUGCAACCUAAAACAUUCUCAAGUCGAUAUUUAGCAGGGGCUGGUAUUUCGCCUCUUCUGCAACAGCAAUUUGAAGAACUAGCAAAGCAGAAAUUGUCGGACUUUGGGAACGCAGGUGAUACCAACAAGAAGAGGAAAAUGGUUGUUAUCGGUCAGGAUUGCGUUGAGCCACUCCAAGCACUCAGGAGUAGCGGUCAGGAGAUUUCCAUGGACACUAAAGGGGCUGCAGAAAAACGAAGAAACUUAGACAACCUACGAAGAAAGAGGAAAGAGGAUAAAAAACGGUUGCAUGAUCAGAAGAGAAAAGAAAGAAAAAGGUUAAAGGCAGGAGGCGAUUAAAGCUACAAGCAGGCCAAAAUUUUGUUUCAAACACAUUAGUUUUGAUGUAUCAGUUUUCAUUCCAAUACCAAAUGACAAAUGAAAUCAACUUUGAACCCUGUUAUGUAUAUUAUUCGCGCAUAGUACUGAAUAUCAAUACAUUUGUGCAAGUUUAUAUGGUUUUA